CUUUAUUAUCCUUCUUUGGUAGGUUAUGAGAAGCUGUCUUGCCUGAAUGGAAGCCAUGAACCGUAUGAAUCUGUACAAGAAAGUAACCAAAACUUGACAACAGAUCAUAAAAGUGAACAGAAAUCAAUCUUCUCUUCCACAAUUCUCAAAUAACAACGUUUUGACUGAAAUAUAAAAGUGAAUGUUACAUGGCAGAUGUAAUAAAUAUUGGCUCUAAUACAGCCAUGGCAAGUGGAUCCUCACCAAAGGCUCCAGAGUGCAGGAUUAUACUGCUGGGAAAAGCUGGAGCUGGAAAGAACAGAGUAGCCGGAGUCAUCCUGGGAGACAAAACGCUGAAUGAAGAGAGUGAAGAGUGUCUUGUACAUGAAGGUGAACAGGAAGGAAGGAGGACCUGCAUAGUGAACACACCAGGAUGGAAGAGAAUUUCUACAGAGUGCACUACAGAGAAUAUAAAAAAUGAAAUCAUCCGAAGUGUGACACUUUGUCCUCCAGGUCCCCAUGCUCUGAUUCUGGUGAUACCCAUAAACACUUAUGAUGAAUUAUCUAUAAAUGAACUUGAAUCAGCAAGUCGACACAUGGAGCUGCUCUCUGAGAGAGUCUGGAAUCACACUAUGGUGCUUUUCUUGUGUGAAGGAGAUGUGGAGGAAUCCACAAUCCAAAAACACAUUCGGGAAACAGAGAAACUCCUGGAAAAGUACAAAGGCAGACACUAUGUUAUGCGGCUGAGUGAAUCUGAAACCCAGGUCCGAGGGUUACUUAAAGAGAUUGACAGCAUAGUGGAAGAAAAUGCUGGUGAUUUCUUCCUGCCACAGGUUUACUAUGAAGUGAUGCGGAGCAAAAUGUCAUGCAAAGAAGAUACACAGAAGAAAACAAAUAAACAGCAGAGUGAAGAAAAUGUAGAAGAGAAAGAUGUGCUUAGGCAGAGACGUGGAAGCCUCCAAGGGGCACGUCCUAGUAUGACUACACAAUCAGAAGAUUCAGAAAGUCAAAGAGACAGAACUGAGGCCAAAAAGAACAUGAAUCAGGACCAGUUGCCAUGGAAUUAUCUCAAACCAGUAGUAGUGAUCCUAAUGUCCUUCAUGGGUGCUCUUCUAGGCUCAGUGGCAGGAGGCCAGUAUGGAUCAAUGGGGGCAGUUUUGGGGAUUGCCAUUGGAUUUGUUUCAGUACUGCUCAUCAGUUUGUGGCUGGUCAGUCUAGUAUGAUAAUCAAGAUCUAGAAGUAAAAACAGGAAUCUGACACUACAGUGUGCACAGCUUGUCUGAACUACCACAGGCUUUCUGAAGGGUUUCUCAGAAUCAGCUUUAUUACCAAGUAUUUCAAUUUAUUUUUUUUAUAGCGCUUUUAACAAUGGAUAUUGUCUCAAAGCAGCUUUACAGAAACAGGGACCAGUGCAAAACUGGCAGUUUGAGGUAGGAAGGUAAGAAAAGAUUCGGAUGCAGUAUGACUGUCUGGAUCGUGUGUGUUAACAGUGUACUCUCACACAGUGUACUCAAAAUAUGGACUCUGUACGUCUUCUGAACAGAAACUGCAGAGACUAAACAUUAUGUCUCUGCAUCACGUGUGAAGUGUGUGUGUGUGUGUGUGUGUUGCUACUACAGUAAUAAAUCGAUAUUCUAUUACACUUACACUUAGUCAUACACUUGCGGAUGUAAUAUCUAACAUUUCAUUAGAGACAUUUUGGCCAAUCUAGCGUGCAAUUGGCAGUUAUUUACACAUCAGUUUGAAAGAAUUUUUUUGUAAAUAUUAUCAUUGUAUAUUAAGAACACAGACUUUUGAUUAAAAUGUCUUUUGUAAUUUUAAUUUUUUUUUUGUAUAUUUCAUUUAUGCAUUUAUUGUUGGAGCUGGUGAUGCUUAAAAUUUGUACUUUGAUGUAACAGGUGAUGUCGUUUUUUACAUGAAAAA